UUAAAAUUGGCCUCUCCUGGAGUCAAAAAUAUACCUUUUCCAGAUUGUUUUGCGUACACAUGAGUGAUCAUCAAAGAAGAAUGAUGCUAAAUGGUUGCUUCAUUAGAAAGAGCCUUUUUCAUCGCGUAAACAAAGCUACUGGAACAAAACGAAUCAGCACAAGCACUAGACCAGUUCCGAGAGAUGCCUCAGUUAAUCAAAGCGCAAUCAAGGGACCUCAUGGUGGUAAGAUCCCCGGGUGCACAACGAGCUGCAGAUUAAGGUUACCGAGGAAGACAGAGGUCACAGCAGCAAGAAUGAUCAAGCAACUUGGCUGUAAAUUUGCAAAAGGUUUGCGCCUGGUGGUGAUGAGGAAGAAGAGGAAAUCUUCACCGUCAAAGGGUUCUUCUUCUUUUUCCUCAGGGAGGUCUCAGCCGUCGAUCAUGCCUUUAAGCAAUGAAAGUCAUAGAUCAGAGGCCAUAGAAGACUGCAUAGAGUUCAUCAACUCAUCAUCCUCCUUCAACAGAUCAAACUCUACUUGUUAAGUUUCAUUACUCCCUUUAUAUUGGUGUUCAUUGUGUAUUUGCUUAUGUUGUGAGAAUUACAUGCACUGUCUAUAUAAUAAGUCUUUAUGCGACUUUCACUGAUGUGUUACUACGAUAGUAGUCUAGUAAAUAUGUGAAUCCAGCUCUCAUUGUCUU